AUGAUUCGCCUGAGUGUCGCUGCUUGCUUUGCGCUGCUGUCCUCGAGUGACGCGAAGUUCCUGCGCUGGGGCGAGUGCUUAGAGCUCACGGAGCCUUGUGGGAACUCGACCGCGAACUUCGUGGUCGGCCUCGAGUACAACCUGAAUGACCCGACGGACCUGAUCACCGUGGUAGACUUAAAUGAGUCCAUCAUGAUCCAAUGCCGCGCUGGACACUUGGAGCCAACCGAUUCAUCCCACUGCCCCGAUGACAACGACUCUUUGCUGGGCCAGCUUAUACUGCUGGGAAUCCCGAGCCUGUUCCUGGGAUUUGCGCUGGUGUUCUUCGGCUGCCGAAGGCAUCCGAACGUGCAAUUCUGGGUGAUGCUCGUUGCAUUUUGGACUGCUGAUCUCGGUGCAGGCCUGGCAACGGGUAUGUAUGCUCAGAUGUUCUAUCCCACAGGGGCCACGACCGACCGAAUCUUUCUGCGUGACAGCUUGGCGCAUUCGGUCUUUGUGGACCAGUUGGGGGUUGCCUUCAUCUUCGAGCUUUUGUCGUGGGACUGGCCGAUGCAAUUACUCAAGCAGCUGCUGGCCAUGUCGUGCUGGCCAUGCCACAUCAGGCGCACCGUGCAGGGUGGCGUCUUCUUGGUGGUGGCCUGCGUCUUGGGCACGUCGAUGAUGUACAUGGCUGUGGAUGCAGCCUACCGGCCAGCAUCCAUCGUGGUUGUGGGCCACCACCCCUUGAUCUUGGGCUUUGUGAACUUCGCCCUGGACCUGCCCUGGAAAUUCCUCGAGCGCAGGGUGAAGGAGUUCGUUGAAGCCCGCUGUUGGCCGGAAAACCGUUAUGAGCAUCUGGAGCACGAGACUCAUUGGUUGGUAGACGAGUUGGCAGAUCCACUGCCAGAUCAAUUUGUGGCGGACUGUCGCUAUGCAAGCUGCCUUGUUUCUGUGUAA